CCAAAGGUCAGAGCUAUCUUUAUGUCAACACGCUAUCAAGGAAGGAAAAAAGCAGAAAGGAAGCACCGGACUUUGGCCUCGCUGAUGUCUCAUAUUCUGCCUGAGACUUCUGGUCCUCCGGCUCCAGACUGGGGGUAGUUGGUUGUGUACUCUCUGCUGCGGGGCAGAUUACGGCUAUCUCCCCCGUUAGCCAAUAGCAACAAAGUUCAGGAGUCAGCUGGGUGUGCUGCGUUGGAGUUUGAACUUUGGAAUUGAGAAAGAGGACCUGGGAGAUACAGCCGAGACUCUUUAGGAAGAGAAAAAAGAGUUUUUCCACAACAAAUAUCAGAUAUUUGGACUGGAUCUCACUUGUUUUGGAAGGAGGAACGACAACAAGCAAACCAUGGAGCACUACCCAGAUCAAGGUUGUGAUUGCACCGACCUGCUGGACUGGCUGUUCGACAAAAACGACGGAAUCCUGCGCCACGAGGAGACGGGGCACCAUGGCAACCAGCACAACUGGCCGUACCAGGAGCCCAACGUGUGUAUUCUGCAGCAGGCCGGGCAGGAACACGAGGAUUUUCUCAACGCCCUCCUGAGGGGGGGCGACUCGGCGUCGGCCUCCCCGCUGUGGUCUCCGGCCCCCAGCGACAGCGGCAUCAGCGAGGACCCCCCCUCCGACCAGAUGGACAGCCCCCAGCGUCCAGAGAGCCCCCCCGAGGAAACAAAGUAUUUUGGCUCUGCGGCGCCGCAAACCAAAGCUGGCACGGGGGCCGACGUCAGCUUUAAUGGGUGGGAGAUGGGGUUCCCGGCGGGCAGAGCCAGGAUGACCCCGUCCCUCUCAGAUGUGCGCGGGCCGCAGCUGUCCUCCGGCUUCCCGCUGACCGUCAAAGACCUGCUGCUGUCCGGCACGACCGAGCCGCCCCCACAACCAUCGCAAAAGUCAAUCCAAGAAUUGAUUCUCAAUGAAGAUGAGAUGAAGCUUCUGGCAAAGGAGGGGGUCACUCUGCCCAGCCAGCUGCCUCUGACAAAGUAUGAAGAAAGGAUUCUGAAGAAAAUACGCCGAAAGAUUCGGAACAAGCAGUCGGCGCAGGAGAGCCGGAAGAAGAAAAAAGAAUACAUCGAUGGGCUGGAGAGCAGGAUGGCUGCGUGCACUGCGCACAACCAGGAGCUGCAGAGGAAAGUUUCCCAGUUGGAGAAAUGCAACAUAUCGUUAAUGGAGCAACUGCGCAGACUUCAGGCUCUGGUCAUGAAUUCAUCAAACAAGCCGGCGCAGACUGGAACAUGUGUACUGGUGCUCUUGCUGUCCUUCUCCCUAAUCCUGUUCCCCAGCCUCAAGCCUUUCUCUGACAGUAAGGUCAGCCAAGAAGACUUCAGUCCAGUCAGAAUCCAGUCACGGUCCCUGCAGAACCUUCAGGCUUCGCGGGUGCUGCACGUCAUCGAUUCCCCAAUUUCCGAGGAGGAUGACUCUGAGCCUGUGCACCGGCGUUUCUCCGGGGAACAGGGAUUGGAGGAUAUCUCUGCGCUGAUGGGGAAGAUGGCGGUGGAACAGGAACGGGCCGGUUUGGAGUCCGUGGCCCAAAACAUCAGUGAGGAGGGCAGAGCGGGCCACUAUCAAGUAGACCCCAUAACCGGCCACAUCGCCACGGUGACGCUCAUGCCCCCGCAAUCCGCCAGUCUGCGACCCCAUGCAGAUGAUAUGUAGCAGAAAAUCAGACAUAAGUACAUUAGAAAUUGUUCUUACUUACAGAAUAGCAGAAAAUCAUGAGGGGACUGACUUUUACAAUGGGAGGGAAAUUCAAAUGUGAUCAUUCCUGUUUUCUCUUUGAUACAUCUCCAUUUUUCCCUUAUUUUUUAAAGGGUUUUUAAUGAAAUUUCAAUCAGUGCUUCCCCUCCGGUUUUUGUUGUGACAUAAUCUGGUUGUAAAUGAAUAAUUUAGCAUGUCAAAGCCUUGGUGAGAAAAAGCCCCGAUGGUCUGUACAGUUUUGAUUCAAGUGGAUCAUUUUGUUUUUUUUCUAAAGCAUGUUUAUUCUAAAGAACUGAUUGCUACUGAUUAAAUUCAUUCAUGUAAGAAAUCACAAUAAAGGCUGCCAAAACAAGUCUAAUGGUUUUUCAAAGUUGCUGUGAUGUGGC